ACCUUUAAUAAGUGGGAGGGGUGGAUGGAUUUCCAAAAUUGGAUCUUACAUUUCAUUUCAUUUUUCAAAUUACCGCGCCAUCAUUUUUUCAAAAGAGGAAUUAAAAAAUACGCGGGAAAGCUUUUCUCAAUGUGUGUGUGCUUGCUUUGUUGUGCGUGCCAACAAAAAUCGCGCCAAAUUAUUUUGAGCAGAAGAAAAACUGCCGAUUUUUGUUCGAAUAGCAUUGACCGAAGUAAGGUGAACAGACUUUCGAGAGAUUGUGGGGUAGUAGCAUUGUGAUAUGCUAAAAAUGUUUAGCGCGCGCGCUUUUUCUGGCUUUUGUCCUCCGUGUGUGUUUUACGUGUUUUUCGUGCAUUUAAUGUUAUCGAUCAUUUAACUCAUCAUCAUCGACGACCACGGCGACUUAUUGCCUUUGACCUGAGGACAUUUAAAUUAUCGAUACUUUUUUGUUUGUUAUCCGUGUGGAAUAUUAUGGAAUAAUCAUUGAAUUUUCAACAAUUUUUUCGACCAAUAAUUUUUCGACUUUUUGAUUUGUUUUAACGAAAAUAAACAAUCCCGAAACGUUUCUGGUGAAACCGCUAAUCAUUCAUUAUGGAACGUAAUGAACAAUCAUUUGAUGAUGAUAAUAAUGUUGGUGAUGAUGAAUUGUCAGCCGAUGAAACUUUAAAUAAUCAUCCAAUUUUAAUGAGACGUGUUUUACGAACAAGAAAUCUUGAAACAAGUAAACCACCACCAAAUUUCGAAGAACAAAUCAUACGAAAACGUGGCCGUCGUCAAUGGGAAAAAUUAAUACCAAAAACACCACCAAAACGUGCUGUAAAACGAUCAUUAUUGAAUGAUAAUAAUGAUUCAACUUCGACGACAACAAUAAGUCCUCGACCUAAACCAAAUGAAUCACCAUUUACAAAAUGUUUACGUGGAUUAAUGAGUCCAAUACCAAAAGUAAAUAAUAACCAUGAAGAGUCAUCAACAGGAAUAAUAAAUCGUGUAUUAAGAUCAACCGAAUCACAUAAAUCAUUUUAUUAUUCACCAAAUCCACCAUAUAAUUUACGUUCAAAAGAUUUGAAUAGAACAAUCAAUGAUAGUGGUAUUGGAUUAACACCUGAUUUUCAAAAUAAUGAUACACCAUCAUCAUCAACGUCAUCAUCUUCAUCAUCAUCAAUGGUUAGAUCAAAUUCUUUACAAUCAUCAUCAUCAUCAUCCAGUAUCAAACGUAUCAAUCGUGUACGGCGAAGAUUUGAUUUUCUAUAACCUAU